GGCGGGGCCGGCGGUGGUGGCCGCUGCUUCGGGGCCGGUGCUCGGUUGGUCUGUCCUGUUACAGCGAGGUAUGAAUCGUCCUCGCGAGAUUUGUCCAGGCAGAGCGAGGCCGAGGGUUUGGCGUUCGGGGCUCCUCAGGAACCAGUGCCCUAAGGGCUUGUGUUGUGUGUGAGGUCCGCGAAAGCAGGGGCUCUGGGGCCAGACUGCCCCCUACCCCAGCUCAUCACCCAGGCUGUGACCUUGGUCGAGCAAGGCCUAGGUCUUGGUUUUCUAAUCUGUUUUCAGGGGGAUGACCGGGAAGCAGUUUUGAGGAUGAGGUGCCUGGCGCACAGUAAGUUGGCUAAGUGUUGCUGCUGCUGCGGCUGCUGAAAUCAGUAGCAGAGGUGACACCUGGGGUACCCUGUGGCCUCAGGCAUCUCCUGUGUGCCCUUUGUCAGCUUGGAUGUCCCUUCGGCAGUGGCCUCUACCCAUCUGAACAAUCCCUGGCCUGGGGCCUUCUGAAUCCCAAGGGUUUGAGACUUGGUUUCUCAACAUGGUUCUCCAGGGAAGAGGGAGAUAUUUAGACAGAUGACAAUGACCUCGGUGGGUGAGGGUUGCUUUCUGCAAACCUCCAGGGGUCUCCAUGCCUGCCAAUGCUCCUGGAGAGUAGUGGGACAGGGGGUUGUGCUGAGAGCUUGUGUCACUCAGGCUGUCUGGACUCUGUGUUCCCUAGUCCUGGUCAUUUCUAUCUGCCUGCACCUGUGCUUCCUGCCCCUCUGCUGUGCUGUGAAUCCAAGGGUGUCCUGCACGAGGCCUCUACGAAGGAGAGGGGAGGGAACUGUGAUGUAGCUUCCAGUCCCCUGGGAAUGUGCCACCACCUCUAGUGCUUGUGUGUGGGGGGAGGGGCCUAAGUUUUAUUCUCCUUUGAGGAAGGGAGGACUUCUGAUAGAUAGGUUUGUGAUUUGAGGGGCAGGGAGUACAGAUGGGAGCCCCUGCAGAGCAACAGCCAUAAAAAGCAUACCCAGGCCAGCUGGUCACUUCUGGUGGCAUGCUAUUUACAUAUUGCUUGAUGGCUUUGUGUUCCUAAAGAAGCCCCCACACUGCUAGAGAGUGGGGACUGGGAGGUGACCUUGCCCUCCUUUCCACUCUUCCCAGCCCAUUGCUAGGCACCUAGCACUUGCUCUUAGGUGCUGAGAUGCUCCACGGAGCACCAGCUCUGUGCCAAGACCCAUGCUGGGCUUUCCCACUACCAGUGCAUGGAUGGGGCUGUGGCCUGGUCAUGUUCUGUGGUGUCCUCCCUGCUGAAGAGCCCUUCCCCACAGGUGGCUUCCUGCCGGGCCCAGCACCAUGCACACGCUUGUGUUCCUGAGCACGCGGCAGGUGCUCCAGUGCCAGCCAGCUGCCUGCCAGGCUCUGCCCCUGCUGCCUCGCGAGCUCUUCCCUCUGCUGUUCAAGGUGGCCUUCAUGGACAAGAAGACCGUCGUGCUGCGCGAGCUGGUGCACACGUGGCCCUUCCCACUGCUCAGCUUCCAGCAGCUGCUUCAGGAGUGUGCCCACUGCAGCCGAGCCCUGCUGCAGGAGCGGCCCAGCACAGAGAGCAUGCAGGCCGUGAUCCUGGGGCUGACAGCCCGGCUCCACACCCCAGAGACCGAGGCUGGCACACAGCCCCUCUGCAGCAUGCCCUGCGGGUGCUGGACAUGACAGGCCUCCUGGAUGAUGGUGUGGAGCAGGACCCCGGCACCAUGAGCAUGUGGGACUGCACAGCAGCUGUGGCCCGCACGUGCAUCGCACAGCAGCAGGGCGGGACUGUGGAGCCCGGGCUGGACCCCAUUCCUGUGGAGGUGCGUGUGGAUCUGCGGGUAAACCGGGCCUCUUAUGCAUUCUUGCGGGAGGCGCUCCGCAGCAGCGUUGGCAGCCCGCUGCGGCUCUGUUGCCGAGACCUGCGGGCUGAGGACCUGCCCAUGCGCAACACCGUGGCCCUGCUGCAGCUUCUGGAUGCGGGCUGUCUGCGGCGAGUGGACCUGCGCUUCAACAACUUGGGCCUUCGCGGCCUGUCCGUCAUUAUCCCACAUGUGGCCCGCUUCCAGCAUCUGGCCAGCCUGCGGCUGCACUACGUCCAUGGGGACUCACGGCAGCCCUCCGUGGAUGGUGAGGACAACUUCCGAUACUUCCUAGCUCAGAUGGGCCGCUUUACCUGUCUUCGGGAGCUCAGCAUGGGCUCCUCUCUCCUCUCAGGGCGGCUGGACCAGCUGCUCAGCACCCUGCAGAGUCCCCUGGAGAGCCUGGAGUUGGCCUUCUGCGCCCUGCUGCCUGAGGACCUGCGCUUCCUGGCACGGAGUCCCCAUGCUGUCCACCUCAAGAAGUUGGACCUAAGUGGCAAUGACCUGUCUGGCAGCCAGCUGGAGCCCUUCCAGGGUCUGCUGCAGGCAGCAGCAGCCACACUGCUGCACCUUGAGCUGACCGAGUGCCAGCUUGCCGAUACCCAGCUACUGGCCACACUCCCUGUGCUGACCCGCUGUGCCAGCCUCCGCUACCUCGGUCUCUAUGGCAACCCAUUGUCCAUGGCAGGCCUUAAGGAGCUCCUGCGGGACUCGGCGGCACAGGCUGAGCUGCGCACAGUGGUGCACCCCUUUCCUGUGGACUGCUAUGAGGGCCUGCCCUGGCCGCCGCCUGCCUCUGUCCUGCUGGAGGCCUCCAUCAAUGAGGAAAAGUUUGCCCGUGUGGAAGCUGAGUUGCACCAACUGCUGCUGGCCUCAGGGCGUGCCCAUGUGCUCUGGACCACGGACAUCUAUGGGCGCUUAGCUGCAGACUACUUUAGCUUGUGAUCUCUGAGCUCUGGGUGAGAGACAGGCUGUCCUGGGGUCCAGGGCUGCUGAAGGCUGCUCCCCCACUUGGCUAGGCGGAGCCUUUGCUGGGACCCUGCUAGAGGCCUGACACAAAGGCACUGGUCUCUCAUUUUCCUGCUUUUGGGCGCACCUUGAGCUUCCCCGUGCUUUCUGCAGUGCUCUGGGCAGUCUGCCUUGCUCCUGCUCUCCUGACUGGCUGACCAUCUGUGGGCCUGAGGGCUGCGUUUCAGGCCCGCUUGGUUUAGCUGCGCUUGGCUGCCCUCCAGCAUCCUGGUCCUCUCUGUGGAAUUUCCUGGGGUCUCAGCUGUGAGCUGAGAGAGAGUGUGCUCUUCGGGUCCUUCCCAAGAGCAGACUGCCCUGAGGUUUAAGUUGGGGCAGGGGCCUGCUUCAGGGAGGGUUGGGUCUCCAUGCACUCCGGGGCUUCUCACGGUUCUCCCUGCCCUGGCACCCAGGAGGCCGCCUGGUGGCUGGGCUUUGGGGCCAGAGAGUGUCCUUAAGGUACAAAUGUGGAGUGCGUUUGGAACUUAAA